ACCAGAGACCAGGGACCAGAGACCAGAGUCCAGAGUCCGGAGACCGGAGACCGGAGACCGGAGACCGGAGACCGGAGACCGGAGACCAGGGACCAGAGUCCAGAGUCCAGAGUCCAAAGACCGGAGACCGGAGACCAAAGACCAGAGACCAUGUUGCUCGCCGCUCCCCUGACCUGGCUCGUCCUGCUGCUCGGUUCUGUGGCUCGUCUCUCUGCUGCCCCCUCCUGGAGACCUCACAGCAAAACAGGGCGCAUGUGGCACAUCACGGACCUGCACCUGGACCCGUCGUACCGCCUGGGCCCGGACCCCGGCCGCGUCUGCGCCUCGUCCAAAGGGGCCCCGGCCGCGGCCCCGGGCGUCUUCGGGGAUUAUCUGUGUGACGCCCCCUACACACUCCUAAGCUCCGCCCUCCAGCACCUCAGCAAGAUGAUCUCACCCCAGGACUUCAUCAUCUGGACCGGGGACAGUCCUCCUCAUGUUCCUCCGUCAGAACUUUCCACAGACCUGGUGGUUCAGGUUCUGUCCAACCUCACGACGUCCAUCAGAGAGAAGAUCCCCAACGUGACCGUGUUCCCCGCGCUGGGCAACCACGACUACUGGCCCCAGGACCAGAUUCCAGAUUCUCCUAACGACAUUUAUCGAGCCGUGUCUCGUCUGUGGGCCCCGUGGCUCCAGGAGGAGGCGCUACAGACGCUUCAACAAGGAGGGUUCUACUCCCAGUUGGCUCGCCCGGGUCUGCGGGUCGUGUCCCUGAACACGAUCUUGUACUACGGCCCGAACCGAGUCACUCAGAACCUCACGGACCCGGCAGGACAGUUCACCUGGCUCCAGAGAACCCUGCAGAACGCCGACAGGGACGGGGAGAAGGUGUUCGUGAUCGCGCACGUUCCCGUCGGGUUCCUCCCGUUCGCGCGGAACACGACGGCGAUGAGACGAGAACACAACGAGCGUCUGGCGGCCAUUUUCCGACGCUUCAGUCACGUGAUCAGAGGACAGUUCUACGGCCACACCCACCGAGACUCGGUCAUGGUGCUGAGGGACCAGAGCGGAGCAGCGGUGAACAGUUUGUUUGUGGCUCCGGCCGUGACUCCGAUCAGGAACAUCCAAGAACCGUUCUCCAACAACCCCAGCUUCAGGGUCUAUCUGUUCCACCUCGAGUCGUACGACCUGCAGGACCUGUGGCAGUUCUACCUGAACCUGACGGAGGCGAACGUCCAGCAGAGGGCGCAGUGGCGUCUGGAGUACGUGAUGACGGCGGCGUUCGACCUGAAGGACCUGAGUCCCGAGUCGCUGCUGGGCCUGGGCUUGAGUCUGGUCGCUCCGCAGAGUAAAACCUUCCAGACGUACUUCAGUCACUUCAACGUGGACUUCGACCCGAGGCUGCGCUGCCAGGGCCAGUGCCAGGUCCUCCAGGUCUGCGCCGUCCUCCACGUGGACCAGGACGGGUACCAGGACUGUACCGGACCCGGUCUGGACUGGGACUAAACCGGGACUGGACCAGGACUAAACCACGUCUGAACCAGGAAUGAACAAGGACUAAACCGGGACUAAACUGGGCCUGAACCAGGACUAAAUUAGGACUAAAUCAGGACUUAAAUCAGGACUAAACCAGACGGGUGUGGGCAUUGUUGUUGGUGUUAAAAAAAAAAAAAAGGGAUUUUAAAUUUUUACUUUUGGAAUAAAGUGUUUUUGUAAUAAAUAUUUGUCAAACCAACUCCUG